UUCCGCCCAGAGCUGAGCGCGGUAUCCGUGCUCGGUGGUGAAAGCAGGCGAGUUGGAGACGGAGACCGGCGUCGGGGAGAAAGAGGAAGCGGCCGGGCCGCCAGAGGGGCCUCUACAUGGCGACAGCGGGUGCUGGGGAAGGGCCUUCCUGUACUCCUGCUUUCACUCUUCGCUUCGUCGCCCCCCCGUCGGAGGGUCUCUUUUGGGCGGCCGGAAUGUAAGCAGGAGGCAGCGGCGCCGCAGGUUUCAGUUUAGCAGCCCCUUGUCUUCAGUACUGGCAGCAGAUUUGUUCCAUCAGCAAUGUGACAUUUUGGAAUGCCUCAGCAACUGUCGACAUGAUCCAGAAUAGUGGAAAACAUUAUUUCUACAUUGGUCUAAUACUGGCAAUGAGCUCUAGCCUUUUCAUUGGUGGGAGUUUCAUCCUGAAGAAGAAAGGACUCCUUCGACUGGCCAGAAAAGGUUCCAUGAGAGCAGGUCAAGGUGGCCAUGCAUACCUGAAAGAAUGGUUGUGGUGGGCUGGACUACUAUCUAUGGGUGCUGGAGAAGUUGCAAACUUUGCUGCCUAUGCAUUUGCACCAGCUACGCUGGUGACUCCAUUAGGAGCACUCAGCGUUCUUGUAAGUGCCGUUCUUUCAUCAUACUUUUUAAAUGAAAAACUUAACCUACAUGGGAAAAUUGGAUGUUUGCUAAGUAUUGCAGGUUCCACUGUGAUGGUUAUUCAUGCACCCCAAGAAGAGGAAGUAGAAACUUUGAAUGAAAUAGCCCACAAGCUGGGUGAUCCAGGUUUUAUGGUCUUUGCAACUCUCAUAGUCAUUGUGUCCUUGAUACUGAUAUUUGUGGUGGGACCACAGCAUGGGCAAAGCAACAUUCUUGUGUACAUAACAAUCUGCUCGGUCAUUGGAGCUUUAUCCGUUUCCUGUGUAAAAGGUUUGGGCAUUGCGAUAAAAGAACUUUUUGCUGGAAAACCUGUGCUGAAACAUCCUUUGGCCUGGAUUCUGCUGCUGAGCCUUAUUGUCUGCGUUAGUACACAGAUCAACUAUUUAAAUCGGGCCCUGGAUAUAUUCAACACUUCUAUUGUGACACCCAUCUAUUAUGUAUUCUUCACAACAUCUGUUUUAACUUGCUCUGCUAUUCUAUUUAAGGAGUGGCAACACAUGGCAGCUGAUGACAUUAUUGGCACAUUUAGUGGCUUUCUCACUAUAAUAGUGGGGAUAUUUUUGCUGCAUGCUUUCAAAGAUGUCAAGUUCAGUCUAGCAAAUUUGCCUGUCUCCCUUCAUAAAAAUGACAGAGGAAUGAACGGCUCUCUUGCAAACCCAUAUGAACGCUUUAAUCAUGAUGAAGAGACUGCAUCUCAUGUAGGUGAUCUUCAGUCAACAGAAGGAAUGUCCUCCAGGAGAAACGGAAACCUGACAGUAUCUUAAAAAGCAAUUCUGUAACUGUUUCGUUGUGUAAAGUCCAUUGUAUGUGCUUGUCAUAAAAAUGUAUUUAAGCAGUAUGUUUAGACAAUCAUUCAUUUUUACAUUUGAGUAGCUUGGACCAAACACAACCGUGGGUUUUUGUUUGCUUCUCAUUCAGAAAAAUUAAACUUUAAAACAUGUUUUGUUUUUAAGCUACUAUUUAAGAUUUAUUGCACUAAUGACCAUUUUAAUUAAUAAAAUGCUUUAUUUCUGCAUUGGUAACUGAUUGCCACAAACAGGAA